GACUCAAUCUUGAAAAUUUUCUGAAAAAUUUUUUGCAAAUAUCCCGAAACUAUCCAACGCCAACUCCAACGCUUGUUUGUAUUUGUUUUUGUUUAAACUUCUCCAUCUAAACUAAUCAAUUUUUUUAAACCACAUCUGACCAGAUCCCGCUUUAACCGAUUCCUAACCUGAAAAGAGUUAUAAUCUGCGUAUCAAUGAUAAUCUCCGGAGAGAUGUCUAAAAUUGAAUAAUACGUGGAAACGAUCAUCAACCAUGAGCAAAUUAUUAAAGAAUAUCCUGUCAAGGAGGCAGAUUCAUUCAUACAGAUGUGCUGUGAUCUGUCAAUGUCUGAAACUUACCAGUAACAAUGCAAGACAAUUGCACGUCGACUACAGAAAUCCAGAUGUCCAGUGCUGUCUCCAGUUCCAAAAACAGAAGAUCCAGCAUCAACGAGACAUGUUCAUUCAAACACAGGACACCCCGAAUCCCAACAGCUUGAAGUUUAUUCCAGGAGUUCCUGUGCUCGAACCUGCACAAACCAAGGACUUUCCUAAUGCUACUGAGGGCUACUGCUCACCCCUGGCAAAAAUGCUAUUCAGAAUUGAAGGAGUUAAAUCUGUUUUUUAUGGUCCCGAUUUCAUAACUGUGACGAAGAUCGAUGAGGAUGUAGACUGGAAUCUAUUGAAACCUGAGAUUUUUGCUACCAUCAUGGACUUUUUCUCCACAGGACUACCCAUCAUGUCGGAGGAGCAACCCUCUUCUGAUACACAAAUAAAUGAAGACGACGAUGAGAUUGUUCAGAUGAUUAAGGAGCUAUUGGACACUAGAAUCAGACCUACGGUUCAGGAAGAUGGUGGGGAUAUUGUCUUUAUGGGCUUUGAGAAUGGAAUCGUCAAGUUAAAGAUGCAGGGCUCCUGCACAAGCUGUCCUAGCUCGGUGGUAACCCUGAAGAAUGGCGUCCAAAAUAUGAUGCAGUUCUAUAUCCCCGAAGUUCUCGGAGUGGAGCAAGUCGAGGACGAGACCGACAAGAUAACGAAAAAAGAGUUCGACAAGUUGGAGAAGAAGAUAAAUGUCCAGGAGUCAGAAAACAAUACCUGAACCCUUGAAUUUAUAGAGAUUAAUAAUUAAAAAUUGUAACAUAACUAGAUGAGUAAUUAGAAUAAUAACAAGAGAUGUUUUAAAUGA